UCACUGUCGGUAGAGCACCCUAGGUGCCAAUGCAAAAGAGACGAGGGGACCAGGCACAGGGCCUGCCUCAUUUCGGAGCUGGGACACCAGGCUUGAAUGGAUCGGAGCUCUGAAGCCCAUUGGAGGGAAGGAAACCCAUCCCAUCUCGCCUCGGGGAAGGAGCGUUUUCUGGUCAUGUCUUCCACAGCCAUUGCUGAGCCAGAUGGGGACCAGUGGGACAGGCGGGCCAGCAAGCUUGUUUUCUUCCUCUUUGUCUUCGGCGCCGUCCUGCUGUGUGUGGGAGUCCUGCUCUCCGUCUUUGGGUACCAAGCCUGCCAACACGAACCUCUCCCCAACUGCAGCAUGGUGCUGAAGAUUGCUGGGCCCUCAUGUGCCGUGGUCGGGCUUGGUGCUGUGAUCCUGGCCCGCUCCAGGGCGCGACUUCAGCUGCUGGCAGGAAGAUGGCGAGGUGACCAGGCCAGCUCUGACCAAGCUUUCCUCUGUGGAGAGAGCCGCCAGUUUGCCCAGUGCCUGAUUUUUGGGUUUCUGUUCUUGACAAGUGGCCUGCUCAUCAGCAUCCUGGGCAUUUGGGUCCCUGGAUGUAGCUCAAGCUGGACACAGGACCUGGUGAACGAGACGGACACUAGCAAUGCUGAACCCCAGAUCUGUGGGCUCCUUUCCCUGCAGAUCAUGGGGCCUUUGGUUGUGCUAGUGGGACUGUGUUUCUUUGUGGUUGCCCAUGUAAAGAAGAAAAACAACUUGAGCACAAGCCAGGAUGCCUCUGAAAGUGAAGAGGGACACACCCCCGGCACGGAGCCUGUCCAGGUCACUGUAGGUGACUCGGUGAUAAUAUUCCCACCCCCUCCACCACCGUACUUUCCUGAGUCUUCGGCAUCUGCAGGCAGUCUAAGUUCUGGGGCCAACAACUUGCUUCCCGCUGACAGCCCACCUCCCUAUGACAGCCUUUUCAACCAUGGCGGGACCUCAGCUCCUGAGAGCCAGGGCGCUGCCUGCGAGCAAGGGUGCGGAUUUGUCUACACCAUUUCCGGGAUGCACUCACCUUCUGAGAUCUCUCACAUGCUGCGUGUUUCACUGGAAUCGCCCCCGAGAUAUGAAGAAAAAGAGAACACCACAGCCACACCUUUGUCUGUACCUUCUGCACCAUGAAUUUUGGACUCCUGUGAGGUUUUAUAUAUAUCAUGGGACACUAUUUUAUUUAACUUGUUUUUUAAUAAAAGAAAAUAUGAUAA